CAUCAUCUUCACCAUCUCAUCCGCUCGCCGCCGCCGCCAGUGCUGCUGCUCUAGUAAUUGAUGUUAUGGAGAAGAAAGCGAGCGAGGGAUUCACAGUUUAGCCACUACAAUCUUCUUUUUAACAUCCUAUAGCUUGAAGGCGGAAAUCCCGGUCGGCACCUUACUCAGCCAAAACCAAAGCAGAUUAAUCUGGUUGAGUUACAGAUUUUUUUCAUUGUCCCGUGGGAGAAAAGAAUCGCACCAACUUAACAUGAAGAGAAUAACGGGGAAGACAAAAGAAGCCACUUUGAUAGAAAUGUCCAACACGCUGGAUUCACAGAUUGAAGAUGGCUGUGCCGUUCUGACGGGCUACCGGAGGACCUUUCAGGCAGGUAAUAAUGGCAGCAUUAACUCCAUCUCUGACCGAGGGACUCAGCUGCCUGGUCACCGAGAGAUAGACAAGUUUGGACAGAACAGAGACUCCGUGUUCUUCAGGGAUGGUGUACGGCGCAUCGAUUUUGUCCUGUCCUACGUUGAUGACAAGGAUGGAGACAAGAAAGCGGAGAGAAGAAGAGAGUUUGAAGCCAACCUGGAGAAGGCUGGUCUUGAGCUGGAGACAGAAGAUAAAUCGGCGUCAGAUGACCGUAAGACGUAUUAUUUGAAGAUCCACGCUCCGUGGGAAGUGUUGGCCACUUAUGCUGAUGUGCUAAAGAUCAAAGUGCCCUUUAAAGCGAGUGAUAUUCCCAAAGCUCGAGAAGUUCCUCUAGAGUGGUUCACUCACCCUUUCCGGCUGCCAGACAACAUCAUGAGGCCAGAGCCGGAUUAUUUCACUGCACCUUUUGAUAAAAGCAAGGUCGACUUCUUCCUCAUUGAUGAUAAGGACACUUUUUUUCCUCCCUCCACGCGUAAUAGGAUAGUGUACUACAUCCUGACCCGUUGUCCCUACUACAAGGAAGACCGUAAAGAGAAAGAUAAGACAGGAAUUAAACGACUGCUGAACAACAGCACCUACACCUCAGCUUAUCCCCUUCAUGAUUGUCAGUAUUGGAAGAAGGCUCAAGACAUGCAGUGUGAGAGUGAGAGGUAUCAUCUGUAUAGAUACUGGGCUCGAUUCCUCUGCUUCUACAAGGAGCAACCACUCAAUCUGAUCAAGAAGUACUAUGGUGAGAAGAUUGGUAUCUACUUUGCCUGGCUGGGCUUUUACACAGAAAUGCUGUUCUUUGCUGCAGUCAUGGGUGUGAUCUGUUUUGUUUAUGGUGUGCUCAGUUACGAAGAUAACAUCACAAGUAAGGAGAUCUGUGACCCAGAAAUCGGUGGGAGGAUUGUCAUGUGUCCACUCUGUGAUAAAAAGUGCAGCUACUGGAAACUCAACUCAACGUGUCUGUCCUCCUGGCAAUCCCAUCUAUUUGAUAACGAGGGGACAGUGUUCUUUGCCAUGUUCAUGGGCAUUUGGGUGACCCUGUUCCUGGAGUUCUGGAAGCGACGGCAGGCCCGUCUGGAGUACGAGUGGGACCUUGUGGACUUUGAGGAGGAACAGCAGCAGCUACAAAUCAGGCCAGAGUAUGAGUUGAAAUGCACAGGCCGCAGACUAAACCGCAUCACGCAGGAAAUGGAGCCUUAUCUUCCUUUCCCCAGCAAGUGUGCCCGAUUCUGUCUGUCUGGAGCUACGGUUCUCUUUUGGACGUGUCUGAUAGUGGCCUGUAUAAUGGGAGUGAUCGCUUACAGAUUAGCAGUUUAUGCGGCAUUUGCCAGCGUCAUGAAGGACAGCUCUACCAGUAAGAUCCAGCUGGUGGGCUCUCUCAUCACCCCUCAGCUUGCCACCUCUGUCACUGCUUCCUGCAUCAACUUUGUCAUUAUCCUCAUCCUCAACUUCCUAUAUGAGCAUGUGGCCAUUUGGAUCACUGAUAUGGAGAUCCCUAAGACCCAUCUGGAGUAUGAGAACAAGCUGACCAUGAAGAUGUUUAUGUUCCAGUUUGUGAACUACUACUCUUCCUGUUUCUAUGUGGCCUUCUUUAAAGGGAAGUUUGUGGGUCAUCCGGGAAACUACAGUUAUAUGUUUGGAAAGUGGAGCAUGCUGAGAAAUGAAGAGUGUGCCCCUGGGGGCUGUCUGAUCGAGCUGACCACACAGCUGCUUAUCGUCAUGGCUGGAAAACAAAUGGUUGGGAACGUUCAAGAGGCCCUGCUGCCACUUCUUAGAAACUGGUGGGGCAGCAGGAAAGGGCGAAGUCAUCCGGAAAGUACAUACAGUAGAUGGGAGCAGGACCACGAUCUGCAGAACUUCAGCCAGUUUGGACUCUUCUAUGAGUAUCUGGAGAUGGUGAUCCAGUUUGGCUUCAUAACACUCUUCGUAGCCUCUUUUCCAUUGGCCCCUCUCCUUGCCCUCUUCAACAACAUCCUGGAGGUGCGAGUUGAUGCAUGGAAGUUUACUACACAGUUCAGAAGGCCAGUGGCAGCGAAGGCCCGCAACAUUGGAGCUUGGGAAGAAAUCCUUAAUGUGGUGGCCAUCUUGUCCGUGGUCACAAAUGCUUUCAUCAUGGCAUUCACCUCAGAUAUGAUUCCUCGCCUGGUCUAUCUGUACGCAUACCAUCCAGGCAGUGUGGCCACUAUGGAAGGUUACAUCACCAACAGCCUCUCCUUUUACAACAUCUCUCAGAUCCCUCUACUUAAUCUGCCAGAACCUGAAGAAAACCCAUCCUGGUUUAACAGCUCUACCAUUACAACAUGCAGGUAUCGGGACUACAGAUUCCCACCAGGGCAUGAAAAGCAAUACACGCACACAAUGCAGUUCUGGCACAUCUUGGCUGCUAAGCUAGCCUUCAUCAUCAUUAUGGAACAUGUCGUAUUUGUGGUGAAAUUCUUCGUGGCAUGGCUGAUUCCAGAUGUGCCGGCAGAAGUGAAAGCCCGUAUAAAGCGUGAACGCUUUCUGGUUCAGGAAUACCUGCACAACUACGAAGUGGAGAAACUCAAGAUGCAGCUGAGCCAGAGUUUCUGCCUGUCCACAGAAACCGCCUCACUGCUGCCCUCUAGUCCAAGUAAACACCAGGUGCUUUCUGAAUGUAUUUAAAUAUCCCUGAGCCCUCAGGACUACUCUAAUGUGCUAUACACUUCAAAGCAUGGAGGAAUCGUAUCUUCAGGAACCCUUCAUACAUUUAUUAGGCAAAAACUGUUUGCCUUGAUCCAGACAACUGCCAGAACUUUUAUAAAGAACUAUGCGCCGUCUUUUUCUGCUUGAGGUUUAUGGGAAAACGGUGCUGCUUUCCUCUGUUUUUUUUUUCAAGAGUGCACUUGCAUAACUGCACAUUUACAGUGGAGAAAGGCUUGGCGAUACAUCACAGAGAUUUCAGCACCAAACCCUCUGGAAUGCGGCCUGCUGCUGCUCAGGUUGUCUUUGGAGAAAGCUGCUGGGAAUUUAACUGAUGAAUAAUCAUUUAUGACCGUUAAAAGGUUGAAAAUGUUUUAGAAGGCAAAAAGCUUUUAUGUCUGUCCAGCUUGUUGCCAUUACAUAUUUUUUUGAAGAAGUAACCUGCAUGUUUUGCCCUGUCUGACUGUGAAAGAGGUACAUGUAGACAGUGUAUUGUCAUUUUUGUUUGCUUUUUGCUUUCUUUUUCAGAUAUAUCAGAUUUUUUUGUGGGCAUGUCAGGUUUAAUAUAUGGUGUUGUCCAGUGGAUUUUUACCACUUAUGAAUACCACAACAGUGGUAUUUUCUCUUAUGAAACACUGAUAGCUGAAUAACUAUCAAAGAAAAUCAUCAUCAUUUCUGUAGUGCUUGUAUUAUCAUAUUUCACAUAUUAUUUAUAUUUUAUUAUUGUUGUUUUUAAUUAAUGUUGUACCUUGCCACCCACACACAUUUUGUUCUGUGUAACAUUAAAAUGUAAUGUUUUUUGUUUUUGUUUUUUUACUAUUAUUUUCUUCAAGGAUGUAUUUAUUGCUUCAGCAUAAUCGUAUCUGGUUGAAAGGAUUGUUUUCUUUUACCAGAUUAAGCUCUAUAAUGAUUUGCUGUGUUUUUUCUGACACUUCAAAAAAUCAGAAACUCAAGGCAUUUCUCAUCACCUCAUUCUGCAAGAGUCUGUUAAUGUUUGCACAUGUCGCAUAUCUGAGGCUGACUGAACAUUAGCUCUCAUCUGUCAUCGUGACUAGGAGAACACUAGUCUUAUUCAUUAUACUGUUUGUUUGUAACUGAUUUCUGCACAAAUGCACUUAUUAGUUUGGAUUUUUGAUUCUCGGUCACUCUGAUAACUGCAUUUGAUGUUACUGUAGUGCUGGGACAAAUUAUUUGAGUAAAUUGGGCUUUUAGAGAGUCCCAUACAUGUCAAGAUUAAUGGUGUAUAUAUGCAAAAGGACAAAUAAUAUCACAUUUUUGAAUCACUUGUCCUCUGCUAUAAUGCUAAACUUAAAAGUUUUGAUUUGCCCCAUCAACAUUUCAGACGUUUGGUUAAUACGUUGUGUAGCACUGUUGAUCAACACUAUUCACUAUUCAGUCAACCAUCCUCUACAGGGACUAUUCAUGUUUGAUAACAAGCAAAUGUGUUAAUAUUAAGUCACAAGAGUUUUUCUGUUUAAGUGUCUUCUCAAUUUAACUACAUAUUUUGUGAGCCAUACCUGUUCAUUUCAAUUCACAAAUGUUAUAAAUCUUCAAUAUAUGUAUUUUUAGCCUGUCAAGUGUUUUUUGGCUGUAAAUCAUCAAUAUUCUAUGGAUAAUACAAAUACAGUUUACAGAAACUU